UGUUGUAACACCGUAAAUCCCGCGGAGCCCUCACUUGUUUUGCAGAGGAGAAGAAAAGUUGAAGGAAAAGAGAAGAUGACUGAGGUGUCCACGGAUGCCAUCACCUUGGAUUUGCUGAGAGACGCCAGGGAAACGGUGCGGCGCAGUCCCCUGGGUGUCAUCAACACUCCCAUGAUCCCCUGGUGCCAGACCACCCUGCCUCUCGACGUCGACUGCAAUAUUCACAUCAAACUGGAAAACAUGCAGAGAACCGGGUCCUUUAAGAUCAGAGGAGUGGCCAAUCAGUUUGCCAGGAGACUGGAGGGUGGUCAUUUUGUCACCAUGUCUGCCGGGAACUAUGGGAAGUCUUUUGCAUACGCUUCAAAGCACUAUGGGUCGAGGGGUAAGGUGGUGAUGCCCGAAACUGCCCCAGUGUCCAGAUCCAUCCUCAUACAGAGCUUUGGGGUCGAGGUGGAGCGAGUUCCCACCUCCAGUCUGAUGAAUGUAGUGAACCGCUGCAUUCAGGAGGACAACAUGACGUUCCUGCACUCAUAUGACGACCUGGAUCUGAUAGCGGGACACGCCAGUCUGGGUAUGGAGGUGCUGGAGGUGGUUUGUGAGCCUGAUGUGGUGGUGGUGUGUUGUGGUGGCGGGGGGCUGCUGGCUGGUGUAGCUUCUGCCAUCAAACUGUCAGGCUAUGAAAAGACCAGGAUCUACGGUGUGGAACCAGAAGGAGCCUGCACCAUGUACAAAAGCUUCAUUGAGAAGAAACCAGUGGGGAUGGACACCAAGAGCAUCGCCUCAGGUCUUGCUCCACCUUUUGCAGGCACGCUUCCAUUUGAGUUGUGCAAGCGCUUCGUGGAGUCGAUCGUCCUGGUGAGCGAUGAGGAGAUACAGGCGGCGGUGUCCACCCUCUACAGGUCAGGACUGGUGGUGGAGCCAUCAGGCUCAGCUGCCUUCGCUGCCAUUGUUAACAACAAGAUCCCUGAGCUGGAGGGGAAGAACGUCGUGUGCAUCCUCACCGGAGGGAACAUCGGAAAGGACGAGCUUGCGAACUUCCCAGACUGAAAGACGUCUGUCAGCUAGGACUAAUGGAAUGAUAAACUGAGCUUAUGCUCCAUCUCUUUGUUAGCAUUUAAAGUGCCACAGUUCAAGUAAAGUUAGUUUUCUAUUGUGUAUGGAAAUAUACUUUAAUAAACAUUCUCAUCUCAUUUUA